AUGUCAUCGGGUUUCGUUUCAUCCGGAACAAAUGAGAAGCCGAUCGAGCGGGACGAUGAGUGGCUUAGAGUGCAGCAGGAGCUAGAGGAGGAGCGGAGACGGAAGGCCGAAAUAGGGAAGCAGGAUGAGGGCAAAAGUCUCUUCGAGGUGCUGGAGCGCAAUAAAAUGGCCAAACAAGAAGCCUUUGAAGAGAAAUCGCGUCUCAAAAACCAGUUUCGAUCCCUGGAUGAAGAUGAAGUCGACUUCCUGGAUUCUGUUCUCGAGUCAACACGUGCCCAGGAGGCUGCUGUGAAGAGGGAGACAGCGGAACAACUUGAAUCCUUCCGCCGACAGCGCGAGAAGGCGCAGAAAGCAUUGCUUGAAUCAACCUCGUCGGAGGCACCCAUACAAGGAGAAGAAUGGACCGCACUGGCUCGCAAGAGACGGAGCGAUAAACACAAGAACUCAUUGAUUGCAGGGAAGAAGCGUAAAGCUUCAGUCACCGAGAUUACUGCUGAGAAGGACACACAGAAUGGGAAAGACUCGCAGAAACAGCCUGGAUCUGGUAUUUCAAGUACCAAGAAGCUGGAUCAAGGGACUUCCAAGUCCGAUCAAGCCACACCUGCUGCUUCUGCCACAUCACCCGAAACCACAAAUACUGCCACACAGCCCAAGGUGGUAACAGACACAGAGGAGGGGCAAAUAAAGUCCAAAAUCCCGACAAAACCAGUCCCAGUUUCGCUUGGCUUGGCAGGAUACAGCUCAGAUUCUGAAUGA